UUUACGUUAUUCGAAAGUAAACGAAGACAACGUGCCGCUUUUGCGUUCUCUCUCCCUCCUUCGCUCCUUCAGAAUUCGUCGUCCCGGCACCGCCAACGAACGGCCAACAGGAGAGGCGGCAACCAAAGAGCAGCGAUUUGCUGUAGGGGUCGGCGGCGCGGGUCUUCACUAGGAGUUGCUUGAGAUGGCAGGGAGAACUCAGAUCCCGACCAAGAACUCUGCCCUUAUAGCUAUGAUUGCUGAUGAGGACACUGUUACUGGAUUUUUGCUGGCUGGAGUUGGCAAUGUUGAUUUACGGAGAAAGACAAAUUACCUUAUCGUGGACUCAAAAACAACAGUAAAAGCUAUAGAAGAUGCAUUCAAAGAGUUCACCGCAAGGGAGGAUAUUGCUGUUGUGCUGAUUAGCCAAUACAUUGCAAGCAUGAUACGGUUUCUAGUUGAUAGCUACAACAAGCCUGUGCCUGCGAUCUUGGAGAUUCCUUCCAAGGAUCAUCCGUAUGACCCUGCUCAUGAUUCGGUUCUAUCUCGAGUGAGAUACCUUUUCUCUGCAGAAUCAGUUGCCUCAGGAAGGCGCUGAAAUGUUUGCUUGAACCACGCAACUAAUCGAUCUGUACUUCUCAAUGGCCUGUCGUUUUUGUUCUUUGUUUUAAUGUGUAUAAGCUUCCAUUCAUUUCGGAGGAACAAUUACUCUUUUGACUUUUGGAAGCAUCACUAUAACUGUAUUGUCUCGAAUAUAUGAUGUCAACUUGGACAUGAGCGGAUCGAUGUAUAAAAGACCUCGAUAAAUAAUCACAAUUCCAUAGUAUAUUAAUUUA